AUGGAGUUCGACACCAAGACCCCCCCAUACCGGACAGGCGACAAGUCGUCCUUCGCGUACGUGUCCGCUCGAGAUCGGUGGCCUGUUAUCAUCACCCAAGCGAUCGACGAUGUCUAUCGGUCCGUUACGGAGAGUGACGACUCGGCAAAGCAGGAAGAGGGGAAGAAGAUCAUAGCGGAGCUGGCGCGGCUCAAAUACGAGCUUCAGCACGACCGUCAACUCACCCCUAUUAGAGACGACGGGAAAGCCGAUGUAUCUGUAUAUAACCACGAACUGGAGCAGCUGGGGACCCCUAACUGGUUCGACAUACCGUGGCUCUUCUGCGAAUGCUAUCUGUAUAGGCGCAUCAACACCUCCUUUAGCUUAUCGACGCACUGGAAGACCUACGAUGUGUUUUACCGGCAGAAGAUCAACACUUUCCGGUCGUCUCGCCCUGCCGUUCUUGAGCUCGCUGCUCGGUAUAAAGACCUGAUUACCCAGAUGGGACACGAUAGACGAAAGACCGAGGCCGGACGCGACGAGGCGCAACGGAUCCUGUUUUUCGAGAUGUGCGAAAUAUGCCUGUGGGGCAAUGCUACCGAUUUGUCUCUCCUGACCAGCCUCACCUAUGAAGAUAUUCAGAAGCUCCAAGGAUCGGAGGCCAGAAAGGCUUCCGAGAAGAACAUUCUGGUCAAUGACCUGGGAGAUGCCUACGAGGUAUUGAAGAAGUCGCAGAGGGAGGGCAAGAAGGAGCGUCGAGUGGACAUAGUCCUCGACAAUGCUGGCUUUGAGCUAUACGUGGAUCUCAUCCUCGCCGGCUACUUACUAUCUUCCGGCCUUGCUACCCUCGUCGUUCUCCAUCCCAAAUCGAUCCCCUGGUUUGUAUCAGAUGUCGUACCCGGGGAUUUUGCCGCAUUUCUUGGUGCUCUAGCUGACCCAAAGCGGUUCUACGAAACUCCAUCCGACGAUGAAAAGCUCCAGGACAAAACUCCACCUCCUCUGUCGGAGAAGGACUCUGCAGAUCUUGGCUUCCUGUUCCAGGAGUGGACCCGGAUGCACGCGGAGGGCCAACUUAUAUUGAGACCGAACGCGUUUUGGACGUACCCCGGUGGCUAUUGGAGGCUUCCGUCUGUAGAAAAGAAUCUUUACGAAGAUCUAAAGAAUAGCGAGCUGGUAAUUUUCAAGGGCGACCUGAACUACCGGAAGUUAACGGGUGAUGCCGCGUGGGAUCCCUCAACGCCAUUCACCGAAGCUAUCGGGCCGCUUGGUCCCGGAUCCGGCGUCAAUGUCCUCGCACUUCGAACGUGCAAAGCCGAUGUGGUUGUCGGACUCACGCCAGGACAAGACGAAGAGAUUCGGGAGAAAGAGGAAGGAGGUGGAGAUGGUGGCGCUAGGAAAUGGGCGUGGAAUGGCAAGUGGGCAGUGGUGUCGUUUUCGCAGGGUAGAUAA